GGUUCUCCCCUUAUUAGACAUUCUCUGGCGCGGUGUUUAUUUGAAAUGAAUGGCAUCGACGUAUUCAUGUGAUUUUUGGUCAUGAAUCAUUGAUUUUUUUUAUCAAAAGAAGAUGUCAUGCAGCCAACACAGCUCGUUUAGUUCUGUCAGUGACACAGAUUGUUCUCUAUCCAGCAUUAUAUUGGAGAAAUUCAAGGACGUUCAUUUGGAUGUAGGCCUAACCGCAAACUGCAGAAUUGAUUACAAAAACACCCUAGUGUUACUUUGUGCUAAAUGCAAUAUAAUCUUGGGCGACUCCCUUGGAGUAUGUGGCGAAUAUGCUGACUUGAACUCUGUCAUCUGUUUAAAAGUCACUGAAGAUGUGAUGGUCAAAGGCGAUCAGAAGCCCAGCCUUGAGGGCCCACUUGCUACUUGUAUAUACUCUUCUCUUCAGUGCUCUGGCUGUUUUUCAGUUGUUGGUGGAGUGCUGCAGGCAACCCCACCACAUUUGUCAGCAGUGCGUGAUUAUUUUCUCCUACAGAAAGACCGCAUUAACUGUUAUAAUAUAAUGAACAGCACAAUGGUGGAUGGAUCCACUCUCAACUUUGAGCAAAAAUCCAUUGGCGAGGAAAUCUCCAAGCUCAAACAGGAGCUAGAAAGUGAGAUGAAGAGACUGGAGCUCCUAAAGGAUUUGCUCUGCCGAGGACAUUAAGGAUGGGCCAGAUAAGCCUCGAUACAGAAGCCGCCUUAUCUCUGAACAAACAGUCCAACAGUCUUGAUGACUGGUUCCAUGUACAGUGUACAUAUUUAGUUAUUGACAUGUGGAAGUAUGUGCUUUUUGGUGUUGGUCGAAGUGGCUGCUUGGUUGUUCUGUAGCUGCAAUUCUAUCAAUAUUGAUGGCAAUAAAUUAUAAAAUGUAGGUCUAUACUGGUGAUGUUUAUGUAAACUACAUGAAUGUUUUAUAAUUUAGGAAAUUUGCAAUGUCUUGUAAAAUAUGAUUUAACAUUCAUUUGAAUAAAAAAAAACAAUGGAUGACCAAAUUUCA